CAGGACUGCGGUGGGGGCGCGGAAGGCCCCAAAAUACGAGAAACGGAGGAAAAAAAAGUCACUAAUUUCAUUCAUAAAUGUGUUAUUUUUUCCCGUGGUGCGCUUUUUUGUGAACCCGCGAUAGUGACGAUGGGAAUGUGAAGAUUCCAACACGAGAAGACAGGAAUUUGGUCAACAAACACAAAGCGCAGAGACCACAAGAGAGUGUUGUGCUUUCGAAACACUUUCAACAGUGCAAUGAAAUAGGAGUUUGCUCUACAGUGCUCUUGUAUAGUUUGAAGGGUUCGCGGGUAGGUAGUGCAAGUUUCAUCCACAAUGAGAUCAAUGCAUUUGUGAAAGGAACAGAGGAAAAAAAUCAAGACGAAGAUCCUAGUGGAAAUAUUUAAUUUUGGGAGUUACUAUCUAUGAGGGACCACAAUGGCUGGACAUGGUCCAGAAGCCUCCAAGGAAUCCCCAAAUAUUCAUCCGGAGCCAUCGAAGGACGCGCAAAGUGAAGAAACACAACCCGAAAGUCUUUCUGCGCAGAAACCACGAAGAGGAAAGUGCAAAUGGUUCAAUGUUACCAAAGGAUGGGGGUUUAUAACGCCAGACGAUGGUGGACCAGAUAUAUUCGUUCAUCAGAGCGUCAUCCAAAUGUCGGGUUUCCGGUCGUUGGGAGAUGCUGAAGAGGUGGAAUUUGAGUGCAAAAUGAGCGAUAAGGGCCUGGAAGCAACCCGCGUGAGUGGACCCUCACUGGGAGAUUGUCAGGGCAGUACAUUCCGGCCAACAGCACGACGCCGAUACCGAAAGAUGCGCUGCUACAAUUGCGGCGAAUUUGCAAAUCACAUUGCGGCCAAAUGUGCGAUGGGGCCGCAACCAAAGAAAUGUCAUCACUGCAAGAGUGAGGAUCACCUCAUUGCUGACUGCCCAGAAAAAUCGGAUGCUUCCAAGAAGCAUGGUCACUAGCACCAUCACGUAUUACAUUCCCUGUAUAAAUAGCCUAACUCUGGAUAAUUUUUUUUAAAGAAGUUUAGCAAAAAUUGCUGGAAAAUCAUUUUCUCAUGCUAAAAAAAGGAAAGAUUUUGUGCCUUUAGCUUCAAAUUCAACAUGGAGAACUCCUAUUUUACACAAGAAAAUGCAGUAAUGAUGAUCAGUUAAAUUAUCCAAAUUACACAUUAAAAAAAAUAAUAUUAAGGAGUUCGUGUCCAUAUUAUAAAAAUCUAGCAAAAGGACCAAAUAUCAGGGAAAAUUGCGCCAAAAUUAAAAUAAUUCUUUCACCGGGAGAACAGGAUGCAAGAUGCGAUUUUAAGUGCGUGAGAAUGAGAGACAAAUGCCGGGUAAGAAACAUUUUCAUGAGGAACUAACGCACACACAAGCUCAAUGCUGGUUCGCAUAUGUGUAAGGCGAGCAUGUUUUAUGAUUUAUUCUGGGAGUAAACAUGUGUUUCAUUCUUGUUUCUGUGUGUACUAAAAAAUGUGUGAGGGUUUUUGAAUUUUCUCAAACUUGAUAAAAAAAAUUUAUGAAAAAAAAUGAGAAAAUACUUUUUUUUUUGCAAAUAAUAAGCCAAUAUGGUUCCAGUACAGAGUACCAGAUUUUUUUUUAUUUAUAAAAUGCUUUUCUUUUUAAUCCAACUAAAAAGUAUUUAUUUUUUUGUAAUUUACCAUGUGUUUUCCUCAAAGGAAAAUGCACUAAAUUUGAAAAAAAAAAGUUUGGAAAAUUUGUCUUUUAUAUUUUAGUAAAAAUGAUUAUGAUUGUAUGUAUACAGG